GUGUCAAAAGAUCGUGAUAAAUUGAUGUGACACCUACAAAUCAUAAAUGCGUCACUAAAAAAAGUUAGAUUCCUUUCUCGUCGCUGCAGAAUUUUAAGCCACACAAACGUUGAUGCUUCCACCGUCCACCGCCACCGCCACCGCAACCACCACCACCACCACCGUCACCGCCAUUGCGUUGUUCCGUACCAAUCCUCCAAUUUCUCAUAUCAUCAAGCUCUACGCACACCGCAUAAUCAUUCUAUAGUCAUGUCAGCAAAAACAACACUAAACAACCAAAAGACGGUUUCUCGGGCUGCAAUUCCCCGUUGGAGCGUCUAUGACAACAUCAAGCAUUUACCCUCAAAGCCCGAAGUUUUAAUGGCUGAGAUCAAUUCGGCCAUUUCAUCUCUAGAGUAUGCCAAGGCAUCGAAAUUCCUGAAUUCUUCAGCUCCUCUUCCCAAAAACAAGAAGAGCGUUGAUGACGGAAACAUUAGUUCUUCUGGUUUAUACGAUGCCCGAAGGGCAGAUGAAGCUUAUAAAGCCGGGCUUGCGUAUUUGGCUGCUGGCAACCUUGAGGAGGCCUUUAGGUCGUUAAAUGUGGCUCUGACCAAGUGCCCGCCGAAUAAGACUUCGGCUGUGGCUAAACUUCGGUCCCUCAUUUCACUCACGGCUCAGCGGCUUAGAAAAUCUACGGUUUGAAUUAGGUUGGUACCUUGUAGAUUUAUUAUAGGUGUGAAUCAGGUUGCAUUAGAAGAUAGGUUUGAUAUGCUCAUAAAUUAUAUGUAUCUCUGCUUUUCAUAUUGGCUAGCUUUUAUAGUUUGUACUUUAUACAGCCAUACAGGUCUCUUGACUCCAAUAAUGCAAUAAAUCUGCUUAAAGUUUUAUAUA